UGUGACGUCACCAAACGCGACAAAAAUAAAGUCGGCGUGCGUCUCGUGUCUUAAGCACAUGAGCAGUAAACGGGAGGCUGUGCAUUUAGCGAGAAAUGCUGUAGAGUGAAUCGACUUUAAAAGAAUCGCAUCGCUCGUAGCAAGAGUGAGGAAGACGCAGCUGCCAUUUACUGUAACUGCAAGAUGAAUAUUAAAGAAGAGACAUGUGAGGCUGAGAUAAACACCAUGGAGGUAACGACUGUAAAUAUUAAAGAAGAGGACUGUGAAUGGGAGUCUGUCCACCCCAAACAGGAGAGUCUGUGCAUUAAGGAUGAGGAUUAUGAACUGGGAACUGUGGACAUUAAAGAAAAAGCAGAGGAGACGCCCAUCAGCAUUGGGACACACAAACAGGAAAUUCUGAAUGGUUUUGACUUUAGACUGAGGGCUGAGUCAUUACAGUCUGACCCAAAGAACUCUGUUAGAACUCGGGAAGAUCAGUCACCACCUUCAGAUUAUUCUGGAGAAGUUUUAGAAGACAAUGGCAGCUUCUUCUUAUCCUCCUCGUCUCAGACCUCUGUUCAGUACAGAUCGCAGCUGACAACAGCAGUAGAUGGGACUGCUAGUCAACUUCAGAUAAAUAAUUCCAGCUCUGCCAGUGUCAACCAGGAACAGAGGAAAAAGUUUAACCUGAGUGAAACGCAACAGAAGGUUCAUCAGUGUUCUGAAUGUGGCAAAGGAUUCUCACGAAUUAAAAAUCUUCGGAGGCACAGAAAAAUUCACACUGGAGAGAAGCCGUAUUGUUGCUCUGAAUGCAGCAAGCGAUUCACACAACUGGGUAGUCUUAAGAAACACAGAAGAAUUCACACUGGAGAGAAGCCAUAUUACUGUAAUGAAUGUGGCAAACAUUUCUGUUACAAGAGUAGUCUUCAGAGACACCACAGAAUUCACACAGGAGAGAGGCCAUUUUGCUGUAAUGAAUGUGGAAGAGAAUUCUUACAAAUAAGCAAUCUCCAGAGACACAGUAGAAUUCACACUGCAGAGAAGGUGCCCACCCCCUGCCUCAACCUUAGGGUAGCUGAUAGCGAUAGUGCAACAUCUUCAGAUGAAGAAAAGCCCUCCAAUGUGGUGACAGUUCAGAUGGACAAUGUUACUGGUCCCACCGCAAUGGAACAGACUAGACCACAUAAAGGUACCUUGAGUAAAAAAUUAAGAGGUCUAGACAAAGUCCACUGGUCAAGUGACGAUAAAGAGGAGAUCAUGUACUGCUACUUUUAUGCAACAAACCCUGAAUUUCCAACAAAGGGAUAUGCAAAGAGGACUCGCAUAAAACUACAAUCCAGAAAUAUAAUCUCAAGUUCUAAGUUAAGUAAUAUAACAGAUGCAAAUUUAAGAUCUCUAAUUGGAAUAAUUAAAGAAAGAAGGCGAAUAACUCGGGAGAAAUUAGAAUAUCUCCAAAUUAGAGCAAAAGAAGAGGUCAUUCAUGAAAAAACUCAAAUCCAGCAGGUAUGAGAACAGAAAGGGAGAAGACCUGGGGUGAUAAGAAGAUCUUGCAUGGUACAGCUUUUUUGCCAACUUGAAAGCAUCAGCAGGCAAAUUAAGCAACGAAGCGGAAACAGGCAUAUUUGUCAACAAUUUUACAAGCAAACACUCAAAUAUGAAUAAACACACACGAAAAAUGCUUAACACCAAAAGUGGAAUGUCCUAAAAGGUAAUCGAUUCCCACAUUGUGAGAUUCAGUCAGUAAAGAAAGAAGUCUUGGAAGAGCUAAAACUGGAAGGGAUAGAAGUUCAAAAAGCCAAAAAUGUAUUCCCAAAAAUCCCAAGUGAACCCAACCCCAAUGAUACAGGGAGUAAAAGAAAAAACAACUGAAAGUUGUAAAGAGUCGAAGAAGAGCAGACAAGCUAAUAAAAAUGACCAAGAAAGAGCAGAAGUGACACCAUAAUUAGAGGGCCAAGAAGUUCAGAAAAUUAAACUGGAGCUCCUGGACCUAAUUAACACAGACAAGUCCAUAGAAAUCCACAAUAGAGAGAGGUUACUAAUGAUAGCACUAAUCCGAACUGUGCAAACUACAAUAAGCAAGGUAACUGAUGCCAUUGUGAAGAUAAAGCAGAUCCAAAAACACAAACUGGACUUAACUGCAGCAAACAGGAUCUAGUAUUGUACAGCAAAACACAGCACCUCUAAAGUAAUGGUGCACAGAAAAAUAAAAGCAAAGACGCAAAAGCCCAACUAUACUCCUUCUUUGAUGAAGAGAACUGAAGAAAAAAAUUAAAGAA